AUGGCAAUCACGGGACCUGAACCAAGCAGUAGUACCGCACACAAAAUGGCGGAGACAAUGUACUCCACCAGCACUAGAGGCGAGCAGACGGAGGCAGAGAACCGGCUGGAUAAAGCCUUUCAAGCCUUCUGGGAAAAGCUGGAAGCUCUUCUGUCCCCAACAACCCCGGAGAAAGGGCCUGCCACCCUACUGCGCACUCCCACAAGCUUAACCAAACAGAAGACCACACAGAAACUCCUACCACUAGGCUGCACGGAAAAAUGGAGCUGGCGGGAAAUCACCACGAGGCAGGGGACCAAAGAUACAUCUGGCGGCAACAGGAGCAAGAAAGCAACCCCCUGGUGCCCGAAAGUACCUAGGCCGAGGCGCACUAGCCCACUCACCCAUCACCCUGGAGCUCCCAGACACCGGCUGAAGGUGCGAGUUGCCGCAGUGAGAUCCCCCUGUAACAGACCACACGGGAAAGGGAGACUGCGACCGAGCAGACGGCACCUGAGGGGGCGCCCCACGAGCCACGAAACAAGCACCGCUCUGAUCCAGCCCAUGCCUGCCAGACAGCAACAGCGACGGCGGGACCACACCGGGACACAGACUCUCAUUGAAGUAUCAGGGGAAAACCCGUGGGGACAGAGAGGCCCACCCGACCAAGCACUUACAAGCCGGGGAAGUCGGCAGCAUCACCCCUGGGCAUGGGACUCUGCUUACAUCCGGGACGGCAUAGGUUAA